AUGUCUGCGUCUUUAGCUCCCGAGUGCAAUGAAGUCAAGGAGCGCUACGAUACAUGCUUCUUGAAAUGGUACAGUGAAAAGUACCUAAGAGGCACCGGCACAGACAACAAUGAAUGCGCCGAUCUUUUCAAGAACUACCAAAAGUGUUUGACGGUCGCUCUCAAGGAACGCGGCAUAGACAAGCUGCUGGACGAGGCACGGGAAGACCAAAAAGACAACGAUGCGACAUACAUGGGACGUAAAUGGGAGAAUCUGACCACUCGUGCAGGAGGCAUUUCAAUUCCGGACAUUAUAUCUCGCAAGCUAGUUUUCUUUGGCGUUUUCAAGGUUGCAUUUGUUGGGCACAAUGUGGCAGUGUUUAGAGACGGCACUCUCCCAAUAUGA